CCAGAUCAGCAACACUCCCACAGGGUGGAUCGUGUCUCGGAGAAGCUAGUUGCCCAGAUAGCUGAGUGGCUCCAGCGCGAGAAAGCCAAGAGGGAGUCCAGGAAGCCAAGGAGACACCACCAUCACCAUCACCACCUGCGCCGGAAACAUCGAGAGGCGCAGCCUCAAGAAGAGCCGAUCCCGGAGCAAUCAGAGCCAGAGUUCGAUACUUCGCUUCAGCGGACGACUUCCAUCGACUCUAAUUCAAGUGAUGUGUCUUUGGAUCGGCUGCAGCGCAUCCUGGACGAUAGCAUGUCCGCCCUAGGCCUGAACUCGAUACCGCAUUUUGGGCCGAGGCUGGGCAGACGGUCUUCGCAUCGGAGUAAGAAACAUGCUUCACGAUCGUCGCUGCAUCUGGCUCGUGCAGCCUCAUCUGACACAGACUACGUCGACGGCGAUGCUAUCGUACCGAGCUGCGAUGCCAUGCUAGACAACACCCUGACACUGAAAUACUCUCAAGGCACCGCGGAUGAUUCCAUCUCUGUGUCAAGCCGACGAGAAGAGAAGGAGAAGCAGGUGUGGCUUACUUUCAAGAACGAAAUCAUUCGCCUGGCACACACUCUGAGGCUGAAGGGCUGGAGACGUGUCCCGCUGGACUCUGGGGACGAUAUUAGUGUUGAACGGCUCAGUGGCGCUCUGACGAACGCGGUCUACGUUGUGACCCCCCCUGAGAACUUGUCCGAAUCCACCGAGCAGGCCACGAAAAAGAAACCCCCAAAGCUGCUCCUGCGCAUAUACGGUCCGAAUGUGGAGCAUUUGAUCGAUCGUGACAAUGAGCUCAUGAUCCUCAAGCGCCUCGCGAGGAAGAAGAUUGGACCGCGGCUAUUGGGCACCUUCAAGAACGGUCGGUUCGAGCAGUACUUCAACGCAGCACCCCUGACGCCAGAGUCUCUUCGCGAACCGGGGACGUCAAAGCAAAUCGCGAAGCGUAUGCGCGAACUUCACGAUGGUGUCGACCUUCUAGAAGAAGAGAAAGAUGAGGGUCCGACGGUGUUCAAGAAUUGGGACUGCUGGGUGGACAAUGUUGAGAAGAGGACACUUUAUCUCGACCACCUCACAUCCAUUGAGAAACUCAAUACUCCUGUUGAAUCUACGGAGUCAUGGAGAACUCAGGGCUACGUAUGUGGCGUGGAGUGGCCCAAGUUCAAAGCCAUGGUUGACAAGUACCGCGCUUUCCUCGUCCAGUCCUAUGGUGGUCCAGCUGUACUGCGCAACAAGCUCGUUUUCGCGCACAACGAUACGCAAUAUGGCAACAUUCUCCGUGUUCGCCCGGACGACGAGCGCUCGCCGCUUCUGCAGCCCGAAAAUGUACAUAAACAACUGAUCGUUAUCGAUUUCGAAUACGCCUCGGCGAAUACCCCCGGUCUGGAAUUUGCCAAUCACUUCACUGAAUGGGCAUACAAUUAUCACGACGCAAAUACCUCCUAUGCAUGCAACGCCGAGGGGUACUAUCCCAACCUCGAAGAGCAACAGCGGUUUAUCAAAGCCUAUGUGGAGCAUCGGCCCAAAUUCAUGACUAACUCGUCAUCCGCCUCUGACGAUGUGACGCCAUCCGGAACGCCGCUCCUGGGCCCACAGCAGACGCAGCUGCCCAUGACCACGCCGAGCUCUAGCUCCAUCGUAGAGUUUAUGCUGGACGCCCGCGUCCCACCCGGAGGGUGGAAGGAGGAGGAACGACGCGCGGUAGAGUUGAGCGAUGCCAAGGUACAGGAUCUCAUCCAGGAGACGAGGCUGUGGCGCGCGAUGAACAGCGCCCAAUGGGUGGCUUGGGGAAUCGUGCAGGCCAAGAUACCGGGGUAUACCGAUACCGACCAAGGCAACGAGCCUGCACCGCCCUCGCCCGCAGGUUCGGAGGCGACGGUCACGGGGGAUAAUGGGAGUACCGGCGAGAACGGCGGUGACGAGGAGGGCUUCGACUACCUGCGGUAUGCGCAUGAUCGGGCGCUGUUCUUCUGGGGCGACUGUGUCCAAAUGGGACUUAUCAAGAUGGAGGAGCUCCCUGAGGAACUGAGGGGCCGCCUCAAGAUUGUAGAG